AUGUUUAUCCCUAUUGCGAAGUUGUACAUUGUUACAGUUUAUCGGUCACCAGCUGGUUGCCUUCAAAAAUUUUUCAACUCACUUGAGGGACUUGUCAUUCAGUUAGCUAACUUAAAUCCAGGUUUUAACAUAAUUGUUGGCGGUGACUUCAACAUUGACGUGUUGAAGGCUGACCACAGGACAAGGGAGUUUGUUAACCUACUUAGAUCUCUGGACCUCUAUGUGGCUAACUGGCAGCCCACUAGAUUAGAUGCUUGCCUCGAUAAUGUGAUUACAAAUCUGAACAUUGGCAAUAACAUUAGUUGUUCAAUUGUAAUUCCUCUCCUCAGUGACCACCUGGCACUCGGCUGCAAUGUGGAAUUGCCAACUUCCACCUACCCUGCCACUAUACCUGCAGGGCGUGAUCGAUUCACUUGGGUGCGACCCAUCACACAGAGUGAACGCGAGCGUUUUCUGCAUUAUCUGACUCUGACUGACUGGAGCUUUCUGAAGGAUCAUCCUGAUGCCCAGCCUAAUUUCACGGCGUUUUUUGAUAGACUCCUGACUGGCUUCAACAACUGCUUUCCACUAAAACGUUUCCUCUCUGGAAGGCCUGGUAAACGUGGUGCACUGUGGAUUACGGACGACCUUCUUGACCUGGUUCUUAUGGCGUAUGAGCGGUUUCGGGCUGAUCGACUUCUAUCCUCUAAACGGACCUACAUGGGACUUAGGAGAUCAUACCAACGGGCUGUUCGUGCGGCCAGGAUGCGCUACAACUCUGAGCUGAUUGACCGGGCACCCAAUAGGUUCAAAGCUGCCUGGGGUAUCAUCAGGGCCGCUGCGGGUGUGCCAGCUCCUGGUGCUGUUCCGGUAUCUGCGGAUGAUCUUCACGACGCGUGGACCAGCUCUAUUCGCGGUCUCUUCGAGGGGAUCCGAGCUUCCCCUGUGGUGGCGGCGGAUCUGCUCUCGGCUUCGGUUCGGCCCCCCGCUCUUCGGCUUUUGACCUGGCGCCAUAUUACUUGUGAUGAUGUCACUCGAGUUGUGAACUGUUUGAGCAACUCGGUUAGUAGAGAUAUUUAUGGUAUGACCAGUGCUACUAUUAAGGGUGUAUUAGCUCUUAUUGUUGCUCCCCUGACUGCUUGUAUCAAUCUGUGUUUCCAGCAGUCUGUAUUUCCUUGUCAGCUUAAAAUUUCUAAGACGGUGCCUGUCUUUAAGAAGGGUGAUGAGCAUGAUCCUACUAACUAUAGGUCUACCUCCAUCCUGCCUGUUAUAUCGAAGAUAUUUGAAAUCCUCAUUGCUGAGCAACUCCUUGCUUAUUGUGACCAGUGCGGCCUGUUUGCGACCACCCAAUUUGGUUUCAGGGAAAAUAGAUCCACCACUGAUGCAGUAGAUUUUCUGCUUUCCAAAAUAUUUUAUUGCUUUGAGGCACGUGGACUUGCUGGGCUCACCUUGUGUGAUCUCAGCAAGGCCUUUGAUACAAUGGAUCAUGCUAUUCUCAUGGACAAGCUUAGGCAUUAUGGUGUGGGACCGUCUCCUCUCAAACUGAUUCAGGCCUACCUGGGGGGUCGCAGAAGGCGAUUAGUUGCUUAUUGCGUGUAA